AUGGAAACAGGAAAUGAAACAGGAAUUCUAGAAUUUCUUCUUCUGGGAUUUUCAGAGGAACCAGAUUUGCAGCCCUUUCUCUUUGGUCUCUUUUUAUCCAUGUACCUGGUCACCAUCUGUGGGAAUCUACUCAUCAUCAUGGUCACCAUCACUGACUCCCACCUCCACACACCCAUGUACUUCUUCCUCUCAAACCUGUCCUUUGGUGACAUAAGUUUAUCCUCUACAACUGUCCCAAAGAUGCUGGUGAAUAUCCAGAUGCAGAGCAGAGUCAUAACCUAUUGGGGUUGUCUCACUCAGAUGUAUUGUUUCUUACUGUUUUUAGGGUUGGAUGACAUCCUCCUGACAGUAAUGGCCUAUGACCGCUUUGUGGCUAUCUGUCACCCCCUGCACUACACGGUCAUCAUGAACCCCCGGCUCUGUGUCCUGCUGCUUCUGGGGUCAUGGUUUAUAAGUGUCCUGUAUGCUUGUUUACAAAGUUCACUUGCAUUGCAGCUGUCCUUUUGUGUACACUUGGCCAUCCCCCACAUCUUCUGUGAAUAUAAUCAGAUGGUUCAACUUGCCUGUUCUGACACCUUCCUUAAUGACGUAGUGAUGUAUAUUGCAGCUGGGCUUCUGGGUGGAUGUCCAUUCAUUGGCAUCAUUUUCUCAUAUUCUAAGAUUGUUUCUUCAAUUUGUGAAAUCUCCUCAGCUCAGGGGAAGUGUAAAGCAUUUUCCACCUGUGCAUCUCACCUCACCGUUGUCUCCUUAUUUUACUGUACUAGUCUAGGUGUGUAUAUGAGUUCUUUUGCUACACAUAAUGCACAUGCAAGUGCACCAGCCUCAGUGAUGUAUGCUGUGUUGAUACCCAUGCUGAACCCUUUCAUCUACAGUUUGAGGAAUAAAGACAUAAAGGAGGCUCUGAAAAGAUUCCUUUGUGGAAAGCCAUAA